AUGCGGGCCGCGACCCUCUGCGCCCUCAUCGCGCUCGCGCGGUACGUGCCCCCCGCCGCGGGCGUCGUCCCCGGCGUGGUUGUGGGCCCGGGCGUCGGCGUCGGCGUUCCCGGGGGUUCGUGCGACGCGCGCGUGGCGCCCGUCAAUGGCGCCAUCGGGAGCUGCGUCGGCAAUCUGGCGCACGGCGAGUCGUGCGCGCCGAGCUGCGACGAGGGGUACUUUCUCCAGGGCGCGCACGAGUGCCGCGACGGGACGCUUCACGAGGCGAGGUGCCUGCCGAACGAUCUCUUGACGUGCGAGGCGUUGGACUGCGGGGAAGGGAUCGACUGGAACGGGCCUUGGUGGAGGGGGCGCGCGCUGUGGUCGCCCCCGAGCGAGUGGGACGAUCCGGAAGAGCGCGCGCCGCACGUGGCGCUGCACGACGCGGCGAUGGCGAAGUACCAUGAGCUGCUGGAGAAGCGGCAGGGGAGCGCGUACUAG